CUCUCUCUCCAGCUCAAAAUCAUUCCUUUCAUGGUUUGAAGUUUGAACCCCAUCAUCUCUUAAUUAAGUCGUAAAGCUCUCUCUUGUCAUCCUUUACUCCUGAGUUUAAACUUUGUGUAAGAAAGAAGGAAAGAUGGUGAAGAACAAUAACAAGAAUAUUGGCGUUCGUAGUUCAACUCCAGCGCGCUCAUACUACAGCCUCUGUGGGGUUAGAGCUGUUCUCAUAACUCGUAGGAAUAGUCCCCAAGAUCUAAUCCUGCGUCGUCUCAGACGAUACCUUCUCUACUGUAAGCUCAGAUCUUUGAUACCCCCAAAUCUUCAGCUAAGGACUGAAGGUGGGCUUGGAGGAGCAAAUGGAGUUGAGGUGGAGCAUCACGAAACCCAGUUGGGCGAUUCAUCUGAUGAGGAAAAUUGCAGUAUAGAAAUGGGUUUAGACGACUCUGGCAAAUCUCAUGGAAACAAUCAGAAAGAAAAUCAUAAUAAGAAGGGUACUGAGGAAGAUGAUGAUCAGGAGUUACAACCUUUUGUUCCUUCUAUCAAAUUCACAAGGUUUGACAGUUCCCUUCUUAUCAGUACUGUAGUGCUCAAAGACAUCGCUUUGACCUCGGUCCUCUUCCACAUUCUAGAAGAAGAGAAGCUCGCUAUUGUGUCUGAGAAUCAGUACAGAACAGAAACCAAAGUUUCUCAUACCGUUCUGGUGAGAGUGAAGCCGGAUUACGACGUAGAUGAAUUGGAGAAGAAGCUUUGCAGGUGGGCAGGGAAGCCCAUUUAACAAGCCUGUGCGUGUAGAGUUCCGAUGGAUAUGCCAUCACAUCCUCUUUAACUGAAAGUUGGCCGUGGAUGGAUUCGUUCUGCUUAAUUACUCACUAAUUCGUCAUUUGUUAUCUUGUUCAGUUUAUUGACUCAUCAGUCAUCUAAAAGUCUAGAAUUAAUUUAUACCUCUAGCUAGUUGAUUUAGAUAGAAAAUAACCUUGACAAUACUUCCCCUUUUAUCUCUCUCAGAAUUUGAGAACCCGUUUAUACAUAGGAGUAUAAGAAGGAUUCAUAGGGUGUUGUGGUGGCAAGUAUAUCUGUUUGAGGGUGAAAUCCUUCUCGAUUGUAAGGUUUGAACUUUGAUAUGAUAUGACACUUUUAUUUAAUUUAAGCAUCAAACCAACCUUUUUCUCCUUA